AUGUUCUUGACAGAUUUACAGAAAAUUGGCGUUGGAUUGACCACCUUUGGUGGAUUAUUCAGUCUUCUCGGUGUGAUGUUGUUCUUUGACGCGAGUUUGCUGGCCUUAGGGAAUGUACUAUUCCUCUCUGGUUUGACCCUAAUCAUCGGUAUACAAAAGACAGUCGUUUUCUUCACGAGACCGUACAAGCUGAGGGGUACACUCUGCUUCAUUGGCGGUAUCCUCCUAGUCUUCCUCAAGCGUACGUUUAUCGGUUUCAUACUCGAGUCAAUUGGAUUUCUCAACUUGUUUGGUUCAUUCUUCCCCGUUAUUCUAAACUUCUUACGUCAAAUACCAUUCAUUGGCGGUUUCUUAAACCUCCCAUAUAUCAGUACAAUUGCUAACAAACUCGCGGGUUCGCGACAAUCGCCUGUCUAA